GAAAACAGACCUGGCAACCCGCCCGCCAAAUGCACCUUGAGCUGUAACGCCUCGUUCAUUAGCAGCCCUGACACGACACGGAGGAAGGUGUGCCGCCUCUGUGCGUUUAGUUCUUGUUUUAAAACCACAGAGAGAAACGCGGAGGAGCCAGUCACGUCUGCUUCACCAGCGAUGUCUUUCAGGUAGAAAACGACGUGACCGAAGCCGCUGAGAUGAGCGACAGAGCCGAGAUGAGAGGGCCCGUAACCCGGCGGAGGAGGACGACCAUCUCCGGAGGGGGCGGUGGGUCGUCCGGGGUGAAGCAAGCCAACGGCAGCAAGUGGCACGAUUCUGGGGACAAACCUUCACAGGGUCCUGCUAAAACCAAAACAGGAGACGAGGCGUCCAGGCAUGCGAGUAACAAGGGGGAGGUGGACCGAGAGGUGGGGGUGUCAGGGCAGCAGCAGCUCAGGAAUAGCCCGAAGAAGCAGCGGAGUGCGGCGGAGGACAUCAGCGACAGACUCAGCUGUCACGUUCUACAGGAGUCUCUUCUGAGCUCAGCUAGUGGCUACAGCAACUACAGAGGAAUCCUCAACUGGUGUGUUGUCAUGCUGGUGCUGAGUAAUGCACGCCUCUUCUUGGAGAACAUUAUAAAGUAUGGCAUCUUGGUAGACCCUAUCCAAGUAGUGUCUCUCUUCUUAAAGGACCCAUAUAGCUGGCCAGCAGCUUGCCUAAUAAUUGUGUCCAAUGUGUUCAUCCUAGCAGCCUUGCACACUGAGAGGCGUCUUGCUGUGGGCACCAUCUCUGAAACUACAGGACUCAUUUUUCACAUUUUUAUCCUGACAUGUUUGUUGGUCAUUCCUGCAGCCACAGUACUUGUUAUGACGUCCAUGACUCCAGUGGGUGGUGUGCUGUCUCUAGGGAUCUACUCAAUGCUGUUUCUCAAGAUGUACUCUUACAAAGACGCCAACAGGUGGUGCAGAGAAAUCAGACAAGCCAAAGCCAAAAGACUGUCACGAUCAUAUUCAUGUCCCUCUGUGGCACAGUCCAAUGGGUCAGCGGUUCAGACUCACGUCUCCUACCCAGGAAACCUCACACACAGAGACAUGUACUACUUCGUCUUUGCACCAACUCUCUGCUACCAGCUCAACUUCCCACGGUCUCCUCGAAUACGCAAAAGGUUCCUGAUGAGAAGACUUUUUGAGAUGAUUUUUUUAAUGCAGUUGUUGGUGGGAUUAAUACAGCAGUGGAUGGUUCCCACUAUCCAGAACUCAAUGAAACCAUUCCAGGAAAUGGACUUUGGUAGGAUGGUGGAACGCCUGCUGAAACUUGCUGUUCCUAACCAUCUGAUAUGGUUAAUCUUCUUCUACUGGUUUUUCCACUCCUCCAUGAACUUCGUGGCAGAGCUGAUGCAGUUUGGAGACAGGGAGUUUUACAAGGACUGGUGGAACUCUGAGACGGUCACGUAUUUCUGGGCCAACUGGAACAUCCCAGUGCACAAGUGGUGCCUGAGGCAUUUCUAUAAGCCACUGUUGAGGACUGGGAUCAACAAGUUUCUGGCUCAGACUGCUGUCUUUCUGAUUUCUGCUUUCUUCCAUGAGUACCUCGUUAGUGUUCCUCUGAAGAUGUUCAGACUGUGGGCUUUCAUGGGAAUGAUGGCUCAGGUUCCUCUGGCUUGGUUUGUGGGUCGCUUCCUGAAUGGAAACUAUGGCAACGCAGCCGUGUGGAUGUCUCUCAUCAUUGGACAGCCUGUCGCCGUGUUGAUGUAUGUCCAUGACUACUACGUCAUUCACUAUGGCAGCAAUACAUAGCACUGGACAAACGCACAUUCUCCUGCACACCAGCCUGUAAGACAGAACGAUGAGAGAAUGUGGAGCAAGUGAAGGUGAUAGUGACAUAAUGUACUUUUGCACUUCAGAGAACUGGACCGCAAUAUGUCAGGAAAUUACCUUUGGAUAUUUAAACGACAGGAGAGGUGCUCGAUGUGAAGCUGAAGUCCACUUUCAUAGGCUAAACAUGCUAGGCCUUUGUACACCCGUGGAUCCACCUUCACAUCUGUGAGUAGCGCUGGAUCUUUUCCAACUUCUUAGAUUAUUACAAUUGAUCCCCCACUGUUAGAUUUGUUAGAAGUAUGCUUUAAUCUGAAGCAGAUUUGAUAAACAAAAACACGUGGUGCUGAAGUUUGAUUUAGUUCUCCGCAGCUCAAACAAAGGUCGAAUGAACCUCUUCUGCUUGAGCUUUAACAACAAAAGUACUUCAACACAUUCAAAGGUGGCAACGCCGCUUGCAGCCAAAUCCUCCUCCUGACUUGUGGACGUUUAGAAACACACACACACCGCCAAGCGCAACCAAUGUGAAUCACUGCCGAGCGAGCACAAGCUAGAACAGGACCCUGCCUCAGUAGAGCCAAUGAAAGCCUUUUUUUUCUUUAUCAGUAGCUGUGAAGUCGCUCUUCGUCUAUUCAAAGGCAGCACAUCCUUCUAAAGUCCCUUUUCUUCUACAAGCUGAGGCUUACAAAUUCUACCUGUCCAUUUAAGAUGUCUGGUAAUUGACCACAUUGACACACAUCCUAAAUCCCUCUCUCUCUUUGAUGCAAUACAUUUUCAAGUAUUACAGACAUUAAAGCAGUCCUAAAAUGUCUAAAGGAAACUACAGGAAGUAAGGAUCGGUCUCUAAAAGGAGUGAAAUGACGGUGUUGUGACUUUUUUUGUAUAGUCAUGGACCCUGCUUCCCCUCUCCUGUUUCUCAACUACAAACAGAAUCAAUGCAAGCUUUUAGUGCACUAGUCCAUGCUACAGGUGUUGUUUGCUGUUAUCGGCUUUAUUGUCUUCUGUCUGCGUUGCAUUUGAAUGAUCAGGUUUAUUUUACAUUUUGUAUCAUUUUAUUUGAUAGUGCGUCUGUAUGCAGCUAAAUUGUGCCAUAUUGAAAUUACUAUUUUGCUCUAUUAGUGUUGAGUCGAUGAUUUAAUGUCGUGUUUGAUUUGCCAAUUUGAACCAAUGAAUGUUUUUUUGCACUUUAAAGACAUGCAUGCUGUUGACUAAAGCAAUAGAUUUCUAUGAAUGUAUUCUUUAAGUUAUAUCAAUCAUGUAAAGAAACACACACUUUGCUGGAAUAAUUUGUAUGUUCUGUAAUUUGUUUGUCAACAUUUUGUUUCAUGUGGUUGGUUUAGGUUUAUUUAAAAGCAAAACAUAAGCUGCAGUAGUGAAAAUAGGUGAUUCAAACAGCCUGUUAGAAGUUUUACAGUGUUUGUAUUCUAAAAACUCUAAGUCUGGGUUUAAUCUAAAUGUCAUCAGAGCCUGUUGUAUCAGUAUUGCUGUUUAAGUUAACAGAGAACGGUGUUAUUUUUCUCGUAUGUUUCAACCUGUUUUCCAAAUAUGCUGUGAAGGUGAGCUGAACAUGACAAACGGAGCGUCUCAUUUUUAAAAGUCAUCUUGCACUCUUCCCUUAUCGAUCGCAUUUCAGGGAAAAACAUCGUUGUCAAACUGUAACACCAGUUAGCAGACAGACUGCGUUUUGGCAUUCCUUAUUGAAAAUAACAAGUGCCUACUGUAAAAAUGUGCUUCAGUUUAAACAAUUGCUAAUAUAUAUUUGAAGCCAAAUACUUAAGAGUAAAUAUAAAGAAAAAUAAAAGUAGUUUUACCUUAACUUUAUUCUAUGUAGCAUAUGGACUCCUUCUUACACGGUGUGUUGAUUUAUUUGGGAACGUCAGACUGACUGAAGUUAAAAUUCUCGUCCAAAUGUUUUUUUAUAGCAGUAAUUCCUUGUUUUCCUAAAAACAAAACACUAUUUUGAAGGAGCUUAAUUUGAGUAAUGCAUAAAUCGUUAUUUCUGUGCACAAAAUGCACCUUUGCUGUCUAUUAAUCUGACCUACUGUCAUCAACGAAUAUGACCCAGUUCUGAGCCACAUCUGUGAAGUUUAUAUGCAGUGUUGCGUUUGUUCAGUCUUUAUUGUGACAGAUGCCACAGAGUGAACAUCUGAGUGUUCUUCAGGUAGCUCAUCUUGAUUAGUCUAAAUACUGAGAGCUGCUGUCAGUGCAGCUUUUCCAAGAAUUAGUUCAGAGCACUGCAUGGGACGAUGAAAACUCUGACUACUGAGGUAUUGUAACAGAAAAGGUGUCAUCAUCACAGCUUUUUUAGGAGCCUUGAGUCUGUUCUUUCACUUUUUGAGUUGAAAACCGCUUUAAGUUGAGCUUUUCUCUUUUUAAAAGUUAAUUUUGCCAUCAUGUGAUGUAAAGCAACAUUUAAAAUGAAUGUAUUGCUAGUUUUGCUCAUACCGUGUAAAGAAAUCCAAAGCGAAAAAAAAAAGAUGUUUUGGGAAUGCAAAUAAUUUUCAUAACAUUUCACAUGAAAAUAUUUGUGCUGUUUGAUAAAGAUAGUUUAUAUCUGA